AUGAGGGACAGACUGAGCCACCUGCAGGCUCUGUCUGGGGGCAAUGGAUAUCUGGAGGGGUUGGAAUAUACUCAGUCUGCCUCACCUACCACUGACAAGGACCAGGCAGAAUCCCACCAGGACAGUAACCCUGAAAUGGAGGCUGUAUUUGAUGAGGCGCAGGAUGCCCGACUUGAGAUUCAACUAAUCCGUCUAGAAGUCAAGCGUCUUAGAGAACAGAACUCGCGUAUGCUGACUGAGGCAACACCCACCAGUAGUGAUUCAAAUGCUAUUGCUAGUGACAUCAAAAAACGUGGAGAAGGUAUGCUGGUACGCCUUCACAAAAUGGAUGCCAAUGCCAAGAAACUCGAGGAGGAACACGGUGUCAACUCGGCGGUAGCCCGCAUCGCCCGCACUCAGUACGCCAGCCUUAGCAACAGUUUCCGCGAUGCCAUGAUGGACUACAAUGAAGCAGAGAUGAGCCACCGAGAGACUUGCAAAGCUCACAUCCAGAGGCAGAUGGAGAUCGUUGGACGGGAGGUUACAGGAGAUCAGAUCGAGGAGAUGCUGGAGAACGGUCAGUGGAACGUCUUCACACAGAAUCUUCUGAGCGAAGGCAAAACAGCACGCUCCGCUCUUAAUCAGAUCGAGAGUCGACAUAUGGAAUUGCUGGAGUUGGAGAGUCGUAUUCGGGGCAUCCAUGAGGUGUUUUUGGAUGUGGCCAUGCUUGUUGAAGAGCAGCAGUCAAUGGUAGACUACAUUCAUACCAACGUGCAAAAAACAGAUGUGGAAAUAAAGGGGGUUCUGCUCAAGCUAGAAACAGCCAAGAGGCAUGACAGAAACAACCCUUUCAAGAAGCUCCUCUUCUGGAACAAACGUUAA